UAGAACUGGAGCAUAUAUCUAACGGAUCUGAAGUUGCACAGACUUUGAUGGUAUUCAGCCUGAUGGACUCUACACACAGGUUUGGGAAAUACAGAGUGGAGCGGGAAGUGCUGGAUGAGCUGAGACUGGAAGAGGUAACACAGAGAAAAAUACUCUCCGACACUGACACGUCUCUGACCGAACGCUUCAAAGAUUCUUUAAGAUGUACGGUACCCAAACUGAAAAGAAGUGUGAUGAGCAGCUUGCCUGUACUAAACUGGCUGCCAAAGUACUCAGUCUGGGACUAUGGCAUGCCAGACCUCAUCUCUGGCAUCAGUGUUGGCAUCAUGCACCUGCCUCAAGGUAUGGCGUAUGCGUUGUUGGCUUCCUUGCCUCCUGUAUUUGGACUCUACUCAUCCCUUUAUCCGACAUUAAUCUACUUCUUUUUUGGAACAUCACGUCACAUCUCUAUUGGUACAUUCACUGUGCUCAGCAUCAUGGUGGGCAGUGUGACAGAGCGACUGGCUCCAGAUGUGGAUUUCCUCAAAAUGAAUGGGACGAAUGUCACUGCAGAAGUGGACAUAACUGCCAGGGACUCGUACAGGGUACAGGUGGCAGCUGCUACCACUGUGUUAGGAGGACUUAUUCAGGUGCUACUGGGUUUGGUAAAGUUUGGAUUUGUGGGAACAUACUUGUCCGAACCUCUGGUGCGAGCUUACACAACAGCUGCUGCAGGCCAUGCUGUGGUGGCACAAUUAAAGUACAUCUUUGGCGUUUCACCGACUCGGUUUAGUGGUCCACUGUCUCUGGUGUAUACUCUGAAGGAUGUUUGCUCCUUGCUGCCACAGGCUCAUCCUCCCACUGUGGUGGUCAGUGUCGUGUCCAUGGUGUUUCUAAUUGCAGCCAAGGAACUCAACUCCUUCUUCAGUUCAAAACUGCCAGUGCCCAUCCCAGUGGAGCUCAUCACAAUUGUGGCAGGAACACUGAUAUCAAACUAUGCCUGCUUGAACACCAACUAUACUAUUUCAGUGGUUGGAGAAAUUCCUAGUGGAUUGAGUCCCCCCAGUGUUCCGGAUGUGAGCAUUGUGGGAGAAGUCAUGGGUGAUGCUUUUGCAUUGGCUAUUGUUGGAUAUGCCAUAUCUAUCUCACUUGGAAAAACGUUUGCACUGAAACACGGAUACAAGGUGGAUAGUAACCAGGAGUUGAUUGCGCUCGGUCUCAGUAAUGCAGUAGGAGGUUUUUUUCAGUGCUUCUCUGUCUGCUCCUCAAUGUCUCGAAGUCUCAUCCAGGAGACCACAGGAGGGAAAACACAGAUGGCUGGAUUGGCCUCAGCUCUAAUAGUGCUGGUAACCAUCCUGAAACUUGGACCACUGUUCCAGGAGCUGCCAAAGGCCGUCCUCGCUGCGAUUGUCUUUGUUAAUCUAAAGGGAAUGUUCAAACAGCACUUUGACGUCAUUACACUGUGGAAGCACAGCAAGAUCGAUCUGGUGGUGUGGUUGGUCACAUGGGUGUCAACACUGCUGCUGAAUCUAGAUCUGGGUCUGGCAGCUUCCAUCACCUUUGCUCUGCUUACAGUUAUAUUCAGGACUCAGAUGCCAACAUACUCUGUUCUGGGAAAUAUUCCAGGUACAGAACUGUACUUGGAUAUUGAGACACACAGAGAGGCAAGAGAAAUUCCAGGUGUGACUAUUUUCCACUCCUCUGCCACAGUAUACUUUGCCAAUGCUGAGCUUUACCUGGAGGCCCUGAAACAAAAGAGUGGGCUUGACAUUGGUAAAAUGAUCAUCUAUAAGAGGCGACAGGAGGCUAAACAGAAACGCAGAGAGAGAAGAGCUGAGAGACGGGCCAAGAGGCAGGCCAAGAGAGAGAGACGAGCACAGAGAGGAGCCGUACAGCCGCCGUGUGCACCUGUGUUCUCUGUGGAGGAAGAGGCCGGCUGGGGCGACACACACAUGGAUGAGAAUGUCACAGGCAACGUAGAUGAAGGCUGGACGGAGAGAGAGAACGGGACAGUGUUUGUCAUCCCGACCUCUCCCCGAGCACCAGACAGCCCCUGCAGAUGGGAAUAUCUAAAAGGAGGAGCUCCAGACUCGACAAGUUUGGGCUGGAUGUCUGACCUGCAGGACGGAGACACCACCACUCUGGGCUCCAGCAGUGAGGACACGCUGAGUCGUGACCUGGAGCGGGUGUCGCUCGGUUCUCUGGGCAAGUGGACCUGGGACAUUCACUCCAUCGUUCUUGACUUAUCCACUGCAAACUUCAUUGACACGGUGGCUAUCAAGACGAUUAAAAAUAUUUUCAAGGACUUCAGUGAAAUUGAUGUGGAUAUCUACAUUUCUGGCUGUCAAGCCUCUGUGGUGGAAGAGUUAGAGCUCGGCAACUUCUUCUCCGAGUCAAUAACAAAGAGACACCUCUUUGCCUCCGUUCACGACGCUGUGCUCUACUGUCAGGACCACCGUGGAGCUACAUCAUUUCCCACAUUUGAGCCAUCAGUGGACAUGCACAGCUGUACAAAACUGUAAGGACUCCACUGGACAACAGGAUCACAAAACUUGUAAAUACAUAAAUGCUUCAAAUAUACUGAUAUUUAUACAUUUCAUCUUCUGACAA